AUGCAGUAUCGUGGAACAGCCUUUGAAGAUUAUGUACUGGAUCAGUUUAUAAAAGUACAGCUUUUGUUCGAUGAAUCCUUCAAAUAUGUACAGGUUUCCCAAAUCAGCGAUAUUCCGAAAUCCCCGAUUGUUGCUAAUACUAGCAGAACCAUGUUCCAUAAAAGUACCUCCAUAAUGAAAUAUAUGGUCCAGUAUUUGGAGGAACUCUCAAACUUUCAGUACUUCCCUCUGAACCCACAAUUCCAAAAAAACAUAAUCAAAUUCUAUUCAAUCCACAAGGCCAAUUUUAAGAGUUUUACAAUCGAGGCCCUGAUUGAAUCAUUCCAAGACUUCCUGUUGAAGCAACCAAAAAUAAGUAAGUCUAACUCGUUAUAUUACAUUCAAACUGUACAAUUAGUUGAUGUGCUCUUGGUCUGCAAAUCAACAUCUGGUGAAAAAUCACAACUUCUAGCACAUAGAGAAAAACUUUUGGCUUGUGUAUAUUUACAGUUACCUACUAUAAGUGAUGAGAAACUUAGGCAAAGCAUAUGUGACUCAUUUGAGAUCACGCCAGACAUUUUGGAAUCGAAAAUAUCUCAAAUAAACACCGUUGUUUCUAAAACCCAAGUGGUAAAUUUCUUUAAAAGUUCACCGAAACUCCUAUCUAACUUUUAUCAACAAGAUGCAUUUGAAGAAGUCGAGUACUACCGGAGUUGGUUGAUGAAGUCACAGAAUUUAGAAAAUGAUAUGAUAAACCUUUUUAUGGAUCCAAUGGAUAAUUCAACUUCCAUGUUUUCGAUACCAAACCAAAUACAAGAUACAGUUGCGUUAUUGGCCGAGAUAGCUUUGGAUUCAAGCUCUAAGUUCUUUCAAGGUUUGAUCCAAUGUAUGCAAAUAUGGCAAGUUAAUCCAUUUCAUAUCCAAACAGCAUUUAUACAAGUUGCUGCCAAUAUAAAAAAAGACGGAAGGAUCAACCCUGAGUUGGUAGAAAAGGCAUUUAACUUAUCCUAUCUAGCAAUGCCUUUUCAAAUUCAAUUUUUAGAGUGGCCGUACGAAGAAAAAAAGAAGUUUUUGCAAAUGAGCUUACAGAUAUAUAAUGAUUCAAUUGAGGACCUGAAACCUUUUUUUGGAAUGUUCUUUGUGGAUCAGACUAAUUUCACAGUGGUUCUUUCUUUUUUGAAACUGUUAAAGUUAAAUUUGAAAGAUGUUAAACUGGAAAUAAAGAAACAGCUAGUUUCAUCUGCAGAUCAACGGUUAAGGUUACAUCGGGAAAGAUCCAAAUUGAAUGAAACUGAUCGAACCUUAAGAUUACAAAAUUUGGUGAAAUAUCUCAGUUAUGUUUCGAGUGAUGUGAAUUUAUUGUACAACUGGAAAACUAAUAACAAAGACUUAAACAUGUCAUUCCAGAUUUUUGAAAACGGGUCUAAGAUACUGAUGUCGCCAUCCUUGGAACUAAUAAAAAGAUAUGUAUCUGAGAUAAGAUCGCAAAGUUUCAACUUAAUGUCUGAUAAGUCCUCGAAAGCAAACUUUGGUACAUUCAUUGAUCUGGUUAACAAUCUGAAAGCACGGACCAAUUUCAAGUACGAUUUUCAAAAGGAGAUUUAUGGCGAUUUCUAUAAAAUAGUUGGAUCUUGGAAAACUGAGAUUUUACAGAAAACAAAAGUCAUUAUUGCAAACGACAAUCUCGUUAGGUUAGAUGGAUGUGCGCACUCGUCAAGUAUUCAAAAUCUUGUUAUGCUUUUCCAGGGGUACAUUAAACUUCUAGAGAGUUUCAAAUGGCAGGACGGGCAGCAAUCUGCUGAAUUGAAUAUACAGUUAUACAAAAGUAUGAUGUCAUCAGUAAAAUUUUAUCAUUCAUCAAUGCUCAAAAAAAUGUACGAACUGAUUAAAAGUGAUAAUACUAAUGAAAGAACCGACUAUUUUGUGUGCCUGAACAAUAUUCAGCAACUAUUUGACUAUUUGGAAAGCUUGGAAUCUAAAAAGGAAGUUCUUCAAAUAUCCGAGUAUUUGAACAGAUUGGGGCAAGUGAAAAACAAAUCAUCAACCAAGUAUGUUUCGAUUUUGAUAAAAAAUGCGGAGAAUAUAGAAGAUUCGAAGGGCAGUCCUAUUAGUACGAAAGUUAGACUUAGUGGUUUGGUUAAUGACGAGACUAGGGUUAUUGUGAAGGACUACAAUCCUGAUUGGAUGGAAGAAUUUAACAUUGUUACAGAGUUGAAAGGUACUGCAAAUGUUAAGAUUGAAAUAAUCAAUAUGGAAACUGGGAACCUAUAUAAGGCGAUUGAAUACAAAGUACAGCUUGGUUCUGAGACUUCUUUUAGACAGCAGAAUGAAAGGCUGUCUCUUAAGUCAAAAAGUGGAACGCUGAAUAUUUGUGUUAAUGUUGAAUUUGAAAAAAAUGACCCAUUGUUUUAUAUAAUAAAUUGCAAAAAUGAGGUUGGUAAUUCACUCAAACGUACAAUCAGCUAUUUCGUUGAACGCUACUCUCUUGAAUUCAAAUCGAUCUUUACAAUUCCUUACUUACAGCAAAGCAUAAUUGAUAAUCCAGUGAGGGCAGAAAACAACUACAAAAAAUUACAAGAUCCACACAUUGAUUCGAUUGUUGGUAAUUUCCAAGUCCAUAUAAUCCCAUUGAUUUAUAACAACUUAGUUACUAAAUUGUUUGAUACCAUGGUUGUUGAAUUUUGGAAGAAAAUAUUAAGCAUAGCAGAAAAUCUUCUUCUUCCACGUAUUUCAAUUAUCAAUUACACAAUCAACAACAAACUUGCAAAAAGAUCAUCAACACUACCUUCAAUGGUGGACAACAAAAUGACAAUGUCAAUGAGUAAUGUCACUGCUCGUACUAUCCAUCCAAUCACAAGGGAGGAGUUAAUUCGGGUGGUUGAAUGGUGCUUCAAAUUCAGGGCGAUGAUUGAUAUUUCGGACAUGAUUGUCCAGGAUGAUACCUUGAAUAAACCAUUCAAAGAAUUCAAUUCCAUAAAACAGCUUUUCAAUGAAGAUAACAAGCAGCUACACAGAUUUUACUAUAAAGACUGGAGCUACAUCAGCAAGCAUAUGCUCUCUCGCUUAAACAAAAGUGCCAAGUUCAACCGGACAAGUUGGACAGCAGCUACUAGACAUAAGGAAAUCGUCUGCCGUGUUUUGCUUGCACGGGGGGAAAUUAAGUUCGUGAAAACUGUUAUAGAGCUUGAGAAACGAUUUGAAAAAAUUAUAAAGACGGAAAUACAGGUAGUCAACAUACAACAGUUUCUCUAG